CCGACACCCUUUAUUCUCUGGAAAAUGAAACAUUCUGUUGUGCUCAUAUCAUGCAAAUUAUCACUAGUAGGAGAGCAGAGAGUGGAAGUGUUCCAGGUAUAAAGACACACAAGAUAAAGAAGCUCAGAGUCGUUAGAAACAGGAGCAGAUGUACAGGGUUUGCCUGACUCACACUCAAGGUUGCAUAAGCAAGAUUUCAAAAGUAACCCUGUUCUGGAGACCUCAACCCAAUGUACAAUGUUCCUGACGGGAAAAGAAGAACUAUAUUUUUCUGAUUUUUUUUUCAAAUCUUUACCAUUAGUUGCCCUGUAUCUCCGCCUUCUCUUUCUGCAGGAAACUUUAUUUCCUACUUCUGCAUACCAAGUUUCUACCUCUAGAUCUGUUUGGUUCAGUUGCUGAGAAGCCUGACAUACCAAGACUGCCUGAGACAAGCCACAAGCUGAACAGAGAAAGUGGAUUGAACAAGGACGCAUUUCCCCAGUACAUCCACAACAUGCUGUCCACAUCUCGUUCUCGGUUUAUCAGAAAUACCAACGACAGCGGUGAAGAAGUCACCACCUUUUUUGAUUAUGAUUACGGUGCUCCCUGUCAUAAAUUUGACGUGAAGCAAAUCGGGGCCCAACUCCUGCCUCCGCUCUACUCGCUGGUGUUCAUCUUUGGUUUUGUGGGCAACAUGCUGGUCGUCCUCAUCUUAAUAAACUGCAAAAAGCUGAAGUGCUUGACUGACGUUUACCUGCUCAACCUGGCCAUCUCUGAUCUGCUUUUUCUUAUUACUCUCCCAUUGUGGGCUCACUCUGCUGCAAAUGGGUGGGUCUUUGGGAAUGCAAUGUGCAAAUUAUUCACAGGGCUGUAUCACGUCGGUUAUUUUGGCGGAAUCUUCUUCAUCAUCCUCCUGACAAUCGAUAGAUACCUGGCUAUUGUCCAUGCUGUGUUUGCUUUAAAAGCCAGGACGGUCACCUUUGGGGUGGUGACAAGUGUGAUCACCUGGUUGGUGGCUGUGUUUGCUUCUGUCCCAGGAAUCAUCUUUACUAAAUGCCAGGAAGAAGAUUCUGUUUAUGUCUGUGGCCCUUAUUUUCCACGAGGAUGGAAUAAUUUCCACACAAUAAUGAGGAACAUUUUGGGGCUGGUCCUGCCGCUGCUCAUCAUGGUCAUCUGCUACUCGGGAAUCCUGAAAACCCUGCUUCGGUGUCGAAACGAGAAGAAGAGGCACAGGGCAGUGAGGGUCAUCUUCACCAUCAUGAUUGUUUACUUUCUCUUCUGGACUCCCUAUAACAUUGUCAUUCUCCUGAACACCUUCCAGGAAUUCUUCGGCCUGAGUAACUGUGAAAGCACCAGUCAACUGGACCAAGCCACGCAGGUGACAGAGACUCUUGGGAUGACGCACUGCUGCAUCAAUCCGAUCAUCUAUGCCUUCGUUGGGGAGAAGUUCAGAAGCCUUUUUCACAUAGCUCUUGGCUGUAGGAUUGCCCCACUCCAAAAACCAGUGUGUGGAGGCCCAGGAGCGAGACCAGGAAAGAAUGUGAAAGCAACUACACAAGGACUCCUUGAUGGUAGUGGAAAAGGAAAGUCAAUUGGCAGAGCCCCUGAAGCCAGUCUUCAGGGCAGAGAAGGAGCCUAGAGACAGGAAUGACAGAUCUCUGCUUUGGAAAUCACAUGUCUGGCCUCACAGAUGUGUGAUUGAUUCACAGUGUGAAUCUCGGUGUCUACGUUACCAGGCAGGAAGGCUGACAGGAGAGAGACUCCAGCUGGGUUGGAAAACAGUAUUUUCCAAACUACCUUCCAGUUCCUCAUUUUUGGAUACAGGCAUAGAGUUCAGACUGUUUUUAAAUAGGAAAAAUAAAAUUAAAGCUGAAAACUGCAACUUGUAAAUGUGGUAAAGUGUUAGUUUGAGUUGCCGUCAUGUCAAACGUGAAAAUGCUGUAUUAGUCACAGAGAUAAUUCUAGCUUUGAGCUUAAGAAUUUGGAGCAGGUGGUGUGUUUGGGAGACUGCUGAGUCAACCCAGUAGUUGUUGAUUGGCGGGAUUGGAAGUGUGUGAUCUGUGGGCACAUUAGCCUAUGUGGAUGCAGCAUCUAAGUAAUGAUGUCAUUCGAAUCACAGUAUAUGCUCCAUCGCUGUCAUCUCAGCUGGAUCUCCAUUCUCCCAGGCUUGCUGUCAAAAGCCGUUUGUGUUUUAUUUUGUAUCAUUUUGAAGUCAUGCGUUUAAUCACAUUCGAGUGUUUCAGUGCUUCGCAGAUGUCCUUGUUGAUGCUCAUAUUGUUCCCUAUUUGGCCAGUGGGAACUCCUAAAUCAAGUUGGCUUCUAAUCAAAGCUUUUAAACCCUAUUGGUAAAGAAUGGAAGGUGGAGGAGCUCCCUGAAGUAAGCAAAGACUUUCCUCUUAGUCGAGCCAAGUUAAGAAUGUUCUUAUGUUGCCCAGUGUGUUUUUGAUCUGAUACAAGCAAGAAGCACUGGGCUUCUAGAACCAGGCAACUUGGGAACUAGACUCCCAAGCUGGACUAUGGCUCUACUUUCAGGGCACAUGGCUAAAGAAGGUUUCAGAAAGAAGAGGGGACAAAGCAGAACUUUCACCUUCAUAUAUUUGUAUUAUCCUAAUAAAUGCAUAAAAUGUUAAUUUGAUGGUGAUGAAAUGUAAAUACUGUUUUUAAAAACUAUGAUUUGGAAAAUAAAUCAAUGCUAUAACUAUGUUGA